GGGUGGGGGAAAAUGAUCCUGCACACCUAUCGUUACCUGAGGUAACGUUAUUUGACACGUAAACAACAGGUAGAGAGUGAAACUGGAAAUUGUAACAAGUGUUUUGUAAUAAUUAUUCGAUUAUGGCUCGUUAUUUUCGGGAAGAAGAUAUAGAUGAGUUCAGAGAAUGCUUUUACUUGUUCGCGAGAAAUGGUCAUAUACGCACCCUGGACGAGCUCACGAUCAUUAUGAGAUCAUUGGGAUUGAGCCCUACUAUAGCGGAAUUAAAUAAAUAUUUAAAGGACAAAGGUGGAAAGAUGUCAUUUGCCGACUUCUUAGAAGUAAUGCAUCUACAGACAAGGGCAGAGGAUCUUCCUAAAGAAGUGAUACAAGCCUUCCAAGCUGCGGACAAGUCUAGAAACGGCACUAUACCUGCUCGGCAAUUAGCCCACAUGUUGCUUCAUUGGGGUGAACAAUUGAGUAAUAAAGAAGUGGAACAAAUCUUUCGAGAAGCAAAUGUUUCCCCAAAUGGACACGUUAAAUACGAAGACUUUGUGAAAAUAGCCUGUGCUCCAGUACCUGACUACUACUAGAGAUCGGCACAAACUUACAUUGAUAAUCUUUUUAUAAUAUACUGAGACAUAUAUUUAUAACAAAUACUUACAGUAAAGGUACAUUAUCCUUAAAAUUAA